CCCGACGGCGCCCCAGGGCCCUGGCCGGCAGGCAGGGGCGGGGGCCGGCCUGCGUCACCGCCUGCCCGGCCCCCCGCCCCCUGGCCGCCCAAACUCCACCCCGAGGGAAGGCGGCGCGGAUAAAGCCUCGGGGGCCGCCCGCUCGGCCCCAGACCGGCUCCGCCACCGCGCACUCAGCCUGGACGUGGGUACACUCAGGACAGUUGGGACUUCGGACUUGCCUCUCCCGAUCCUCCGGCGGCGACGGCGGCGGCGGCUGUUGCUAAGGGAGGGGACGCGCGGGGAAGCUCGGCCCGAGCGGCAGACGGCCCUGAGCGCGGCCGGCUGAGUGGCGCCCCCUCCUCCGGGACCCUUUCCCGCGCCCGCCGCCCUUGAAAGGAGCUGAGAGUGUAGUCCCCACCCAGGAAGGUGCCCCGACGAGCCGACGCGACUCCGGAGCGCCACUCGGAUUUUUGAUUCUUGAUUCGCCUUCCGCUCCUGGGACCUUCUCGAAGGGAAAGCGCGCUGCCCCCCGCCCUCAGGGGCCCCGAGGACCCCUGUUUGGGGAGCCCCCCCGCCCUGCCCGGAGGCGCGGCAAGAAUUGGCGGCGCCCCGCGGACUCCAGCCCCCCAGCGCGGGCCGGGGAUGGAGCCGCAGCCCGGCGGCGCCCGGAGCUGCCGGCGCGGUGCCCCCGGCGGUGCCUGCGAGCUGGGCCCGGCGGCCGAGACGGCGCCCAUGAGCCUGGCCAUCCACAGCACGACGGGCACCCGCUACGAGCUGUCGGUGCCCCCCGACGAGACGGUGGAGGGGCUGCGCAAGAGGCUGUCCCAACGUCUCAAAGUGCCCAAGGAGCGCCUGGCGCUGCUCCACAAAGACACCCGGCUCAGUUCGGGGAAGCUGCAGGAGCUCGGCGUGGGGGAUGGCAGCAAGCUGACGCUCGUGCCCACCGUGGAGGCGGGCCUCAUGUCUCAGGCCUCCAGGCCAGAACAGUCUGUGAUGCAGGCCCUCGAGAGCUUGACUGAGACCCAGCCCCCAGCGGCGCCCAGCCCGGGCCGGGCUGGCGGAGGCAGCUUCCGGAAAUACCGAUUCAUUUUAUUUAAGCAUCCGUGGCACCGACAGGGACCCCAGAGCCCAGAGAGGGGCGGCGAGAGGCCCCAGGUCAGUGACUUCUUGUCGGGCCGCUCGCCGCUGACUCUGGCGCUGCGCGUGGGUGACCAUAUGAUGUUCGUCCAGCUGCAGCUCGCAGCCCAGCACGCCCCACUGCAGCACCGCCACGUGUUGGCUGCCGCCGCUGCUGCCGCCCGUGGAGACCCCAGCGUGACCACCACCCCUGUGUCCUCUCCCUGCCGGCCAGUGUCCAGUGCCACCCGCGUCCCCCCAGUGCCCACUGGCCCUGCGCCCACGUCCUCCCCUGUCACGGCCGGCUCCUUCCGCUCCCACUCGGCCUCUGCCACCUGCCCCGAGAUGGACUGCUCCCCCACCGCCAGCACCGGUGCCAGCCCCACGUCCCCCGCCGGGGGCAGCCCCACGUCCCGCUCCCGCAAACCUGGCGCAGUCAUCGAGAGCUUCGUGAACCACGCCCCGGGGGUCUUCUCAGGGACCUUCUCUGGUACGCUGCACCCCAACUGCCAGGACAGCAGCGGGCGGCCGAGGCGGGACAUCGGCACCAUCCUGCAGAUCCUCAACGACCUCCUGAGUGCCACGCGGCACUACCAGGGCAUGCCCCCAUCGCUGACCCAGCUGCGGUGCCACGCCCAGUGUGCCCCGGACCUCGCCCCCAAAACUACCUCCUGCGAGAAGCUGGCGGCCGCGACCCCGGCCUCCCUGAGCCAGGCCCGCCUGUGCAAGCCCCCGGGGGACCGGCUGCGGCAGACAGAAAACCGAGCCACCCGCUGUAAGGUGGAGCGCCUGCAGCUGCUGCUCCAGCAGAAACGGCUCCGCAGAAAGGCCCGGCGCGAUGCCCGGGGCCCCUACCACUGGCCGCCCAGCCGCAAGGCCGGCCGCAGCGACAGCACCGGCGGCGGGGGAGGCGGCGGCCCCAGUGAGGCAGCUGGCUUGGGCCUUGACUUCGAGGACGCCGUCUGGAAGCCAGAAGUGAACCCCGACAUCAAGUCAGAGUUCGUGGUGGCCUAGGAACCCUGUCCCUCGCCCAGGGUGGCCUGUGAGCGUGGCCCCACGCGGGAGGGCCAGCGGCCGGCUGGUGCAGUGGGGCGCUUCCCCCUCCCGGUUACGCGGCCUUUUUUUUUUUUUUUUUUUUUUUGAAAUUUCACUUCCUACCGUGGUUUUCCGAACUCUCCAUGGACUUGGGUUCCUGCCUCCUCGGUUUGGCUCACACUGCCCGCCCCUCCCUCCAUCUCCCAUCCUCAUCCCCGACCUGGCCGGGUCCCUCCCGCCCACCUUCCCAAGCUCCAAAUAUGUAGCAGUCUUUCCAGAUGGUUGAGAGCGGAGACAAGGAAGCCGCCCCCCACUUCCGUUCUGCCGCCCUCCCCACCCUUUUCAGGUUGAAGUCAAAAAUGUAGAUGCCUCAUUAUGCACUUUACAGACAGGGGAGGGGGCCGCGGAGAGGAGAGGCCCCCACCACAAACCCUGGCCCUAAAACAACUCGGCAGGUGCGACCUUGACCACCAGGGACUGUUUCUCUUCCACAUCCGUACUCUUUUCUCUUCCUGGUCUCUCCUUUUCCAUUUUUCUUUUUCCUGGGAAAGAAAAGAAAAGCCGUUUCAGGGGAGAGGCUGGCCAGAGCCUGCCUUUCGGUGUGGGCUGGGGUGCGUGGGGGGGGGGACCCUUUCCUGCCAGGAAAGGAGAGGGAGGGAGGGGUGGUGCCCGCCGCCAGCCUGCACCCCGUCCACGCACUGUGCGACUUCCUUCAGCGCUACCCCACCGCCCCACCCCGUUUUUCUGAGCUUGGGGUAUUUAUAGACUAUUAAUUUUCUGACUGAGCCAAUAGUGGUUGGGAAUCUCUUGAAAAAUACGGAGAGCAAUGGCUGGGGGGCGGGCUUGACGCCCCCAGCCCUCCUUCCCCACCCAACCUGAGGGAUCUGGGCCUGUGGACUGUGUCUGGGGGCCCUCCGGCAGCUGGGAGGGGAGGGGAGGGGGUGCUGAGCUGUGAAACCCCAGGAGGGGCAACGCUGUGUAGCAUUAACCCCCUUGGGGGGGGUUCGCUGCUGGUCUAAUUUGGACCCUCCCCACUCAUGCCCAUGCCCCAGGGGCAUCCCCCAGGGCAGAGGGACAGACCUCUCCCCCCUUACUGGGGCCAUUUCAGUGGGGUGGAGGGUUUUUUUCAUUCACUUUUAUUUUUUACUGAUAAAGGAGAUGUUUGGGCCCUGCCCCCCCACCUGUCAGUCUCGUCCUGGCCCCGCCCCUCUGUGCUGCGCAACACCCCUCGCCCUCUGCCUGCCCCUCCCUCCUAGAUGAACCCCAAGUCCUCACCCUGCCCCCGAUUAUGUGUUUAAAGUUAAUGGUUUCAGAUGUGAACAUCUUGUGUUAACUGUAGCUCUGUACAUUUUUUGUGGGGGGGGGUGGGCAGGGAGGGGUCAGAGGGUAGGGGUCAAGGAUCUUUGUUUUUGUUUUCGUUUUUCCAAAAAAAAAGAAAAAAGAAAAAAAGGGGCGGGUUUGUUUUUGAAGCGCUGUCUUGGAUAUCUAUUUAAUGUGUGUUCUGAUGGGGUUUUUUUUUUAACGAUUUUUAAAUAACGUCUGUGCCUCCGCUGGUCUGAGAGUGGAGGCCCCAGGCAGGAACCGCCCACCCCUCUCUGCCCUCUCCAGGGCCCCCCCCAAGAAAGCAUUACCCACCCUCGGGGGGUCGGGCUGUGGGGUGUCCCAGCACCUUGCGGGAGUUUCCUGUAUGAAAACAUGAAAUUGGAAAAGAAAACAGCCUCCACAAACACCGUGAUUUCAAGGAAUAAACAAAAUGAAACGAGUGAA